GCACACACACUCUCUCUCUUCUUUUCCAAACCCUAAUCCUCUCUAUCUCUCUUCAAACUCUCCCUCUUUUUCUCUGUGCUCCUCCAUCGAUGCUCUUCCUUCCUCCUCAGAUUGAGUUCGUCUCAAUUUAAAUCCCAAUUAUUGACCGACAACAAGCUCACCACCGCCCACGAGUUCAAGAUUUGUUCACUUCAACCCGCAAUUUCACUAAUCCAAAGAUAGAUCGCAUUCCCAAAAACAAUAUUUCUUUGUUUGAUUUCACUAAUUUUAACACUUUUUUUAUUUUUUUAUUUUUUUUUAUAGUUUUAACGGCAUCAUCAAAUCUAGGAUUCAUGAUCAGAUCCGGUAGUCGCACCUACUACUAGAAAUAUGACUUCUUGCGUCUAUUUUUUUGUGACUGAUUAUUUAAUCGUCUCAAAAAAUCACUUUUUACAUUGAAAACAUCACAAAAGCAUUUAACCCAAUCGUGUUCUUGACUUAAAAAAAAAUCAUGUAGAACUUGACCUAUCUCCCCUUUCACUCUUAUUUCCCAAAUCUGUCUCCAACGGUGGUGUAUGAGCUCUCUCUCUCACUCUCUCUCAAAAUCUCUCUCUCGCUCGACACUCUUUGCGCUUGAAUCUCACUGUCCACUUUCCACUCUCUCUCGCUCGACUUUCGCGUGAUGAAGAUUUGAAGAUUUUGAUUGAUUGUUGAUGAAGAUUUGAAUAUUUCGAUCUAUUGUUGAUGAAGUUUUCGAUCGAUUCAUAAUCGGUAAGCUACUUUCUAUGGGCUAUGUCGGAAUUCACAGCUCCGAAUUCAGAGAUUUUCUUUUGAAGCCAGAGCUUCUGCGGGCUAUUGUGGACUCUGGAUUUGAGCAUCCAUCUGAAAAGCUUCUUGGAUGUCAUAUGUCAAGCGAAAUCUGGGAUGGGGAAAACUGCUGUUUUUGUUCUGUCAACAUUGCAGCAAAUUGAGCCUGUUGCAGAUCUGCCAUGAGUUUGAGAGCUUCAGCACUUAUUUGCCAGAUAUCAAGGUUGCUGUUUUCUAUGGCGGUGUCAAUAUCAAAAUUCACAAGGACCUACUGAAGAAUGAAUGCCCUCACAUUGAUGUUGGAACACUUGGAAGAAUACUGGCACUUGCUAGAGAAAAGGAUCUUUCUCUGAGGAAUAAUAUCGUUGAAUAUCUAGAAAAAUGUAGAGCUUUCUUCCAAUGCUUAAUAAUGAACUCCCUCAUCAGAGGAAUUCAACUCGCAAGCAACAGUUCAGCCAAUUCAGAUUACAAAGAGGCAUUGCUGUCAGAAGUGUUUGUUUUGAGCAGAGCUAUAAGCCAGCCAACAGCAACUGUGCAAUCAGCAAAAGCUCCUACUUGCUACCCAAAGCCUUAAUUUGAGCAUUGCACUAGCACAUCAGUGUGCAGACAAAGCUUUUGCAUUGAGGAUUGGAUUGGCUUGAAGACCUUGGACAGAGCUGGGAGAGUCAAGUACAUCAGUGUGUCCGGAAAUCAUAUCAAAAUGUCCAAAAAUGAUAUGAUAAAGUAUAUUGUCCCUUACUUGAAGAAGGGGUUUGGGCGUCUAAAGAGGGUCGACGAAGUUCAUAAGUUAAGUAAACAAAGGUUGUUGGGGAGAGAGGGAUAAUCCUACAGUAAUGCAAAGCCACACAAAAGCACAAAAUUUAACAUCCGUCACACAUCAGCUGAAUUUAUAAUUGAAGGAUGAGUUUUAGUCAAUGAGUUUUUUUGAGAGCAGCCUGAUUAGAUAUUAAUUUUGUUUAAUCCUCUGUUAUGUAUGGAAUUAUAUUUUUGAGAUUGGAUUAUACUUGAUUUGUAUAGAAUUUUUUUUGGAAAUAUUAAUUUGAUGUUAAAUAUGAUUUUU